AAUUGCCAAUGCAGUCUGUAAACUAAAGGGAGUCCGAGCACAUCUGAUCCACUCUCUCUCUCCAACAAUAAUUUUCGCAUUUGCAUGUAACGCACAACAAGUGUGAGCAAUAUCGUUCUUGUCUAUAUCCAUCCCUCGCUGGAUAAGCUAAUACUACUACUGCUCCCGUUCUGCUUAUCAUUGAAACCUUGACGAUUACCCCAUUGUUAUGGAGUAGUCGUCGCCUGUGCAACAACGACGAAAAUGUUGUGGAAUAUUCACACUAAUUUUUUUUGCUCUUCUUGGGAUGUGGUUCGCUCUACUUUCGAAAUUUAAAUUAAGGAAUAAAAAAGUGUGUAGCACCAGCAGUGCGUCAUCUAUUUUACGUAAAAUUACAAAUCGUUCCGUAAUUGGUGGGGCACAGGAACGAAGGGUGAAUGAUCCACCAGCAGCAGCUGUAAAACCUUGUCGUCAUCAAAUAUUUAGGUGAAUGAAGGAUCUCCAGAAAUCUAGUACUCCAAAAAUGUCCUCCACCAUGUCGCAAGGAGCAAAGCGAGCGUGGAAAUUGCAGGAGUUUCCUGCUCACGCUGCAAAUGUGAAUUCCGUGUCAUUGGGCCACAAGUCGGGCAGAGUACUCGUUACUGGCGGUGGGGACAAAAAGGUCAACCUAUGGGCCGUGGGGAAGCCAAAUUGUAUUAUGUCCUUGAGCGGCCACUCGACCCCUGUGGACUGUGUUCGGUUCUCCAUAACGGAGGAACAAGUAUGCGCUGGAUCUGCAGCUGGAGCGUUGAAAAUAUGGGAUUUAGAGUCCGCAAAGAUGCUCCGAACCUUGACAGGUCAUCGAGCCUCCAUUCGAUGCGUCGAUUUCCAUCCCUACGGGGACUUUCUUGCUUCCGGGUCGUCCGACAGUGGGAUUAAACUAUGGGAUAUUCGAAAAAAGGGUUGCAUCUUUGGGUACAAAGGUCAUAAUGGAACCGUUAACAGCCUCAAAUUCAGCCCGGAUGGACAAUGGAUUGCAUCGGGAGGAGAUGAUAACUUUGUUAAGGUGUGGGACAUUCGAGUCGGAAAAGUGUUGACUGAGUUUUCCCACCACGGACCUGUCACCGAUGUCGAAUUUCAUCCUCACGAAUUCCUCCUCGCAUCCGGGAGUAUGGAUCGCACCGUCAAGUUCUGGGAGUUGGAGACGUUUUCCUUGAUAUCGUCAAGUAUACCUGAUGUGCCUCCUGUGAGAUGCAUCACAUUCCAUCCGAGUGGAGCCUGUUUGUUCUCUGCUUCUUCAGAAUGCCUUCGUGUUCAUGGAUGGGAGCCCCCAGAGACUCACGACUCUGUCUCUACGACGUGGGCAAAAAUUCAAGAUAUCGCAAUAUCUCAUGAACAGUUGGUUGGAGUGACAAUGUCGAUGACCAAUGUUUCAAUUUUUGUGGUUGAUCUCAAACGCAUUUCUCCCAUAGGAAAUAAUUCAAAACAGAUGAGAACAACUCUUCAUUCUGCCGGGCAUACGUCGUUAAGGAAAAAUUUCAGCACGGAACGGUCCAGUGAAUUUGCAGAGUCAUUACAUGCCAUGAAAGCUAGUGAAGACUCUGAUAGUUUACCAACUGAUCCAGAAGACGACAAUAUUUCGUAUGUCGGGACCAACUUUAAGGAAGCAUUUCGCCCACAUCGAGAUUUGGCAAGGACUCCUCCUCCUGAGGAAUUUUACCCACCUCCAGAUGACGAACCUUCUAUAUCUACGUCAAUUGAAUCGGUUUCUCCAGGUUGUGGAAGAAACAACUCAAAGUUUCGCUAUGUUACAAAUAGAAAUCAUUCCAAAGUCCGGGUCGCAGACACAUCUCCGCGCAGGGCCAGCGUCCCAAAUUUUGUGCCUGGACAACCAACUCAAAACAAUCAUCUCAAUGCAAAUGUUGGGCUCAGUGCAAGAAGUCGAAGUCCAGAAUACCUCUCGAGCAGGCAAAGUUCAUUGUCUGAUGAUUCAGGGCCAUACUCCGGACGAAGUACUGACACCAACAAGUCCUCUUGUGCCGAAUCGUUAUACUCGCAAAACGUCCCAAAUACAAUAAAACGAGAGCCGAUGAAGACCAGCCAGUCCGAGUCAUGUCUUCAGCUGCCAUCGCCAGGCGAACUCACUCACCAACCCUCUCUGCCUCAGAUUCGUGAUAAAUCUACUCCCCAACAGAGCUACUCCCAGCAGGCACCCUUGCCACCUUUACAACCCUUGCUUCGAAGUCCGGACAAACCACUUGCUCAGUGUCAAGUAAAACCAAUGCCAAAGGUUUCUCCGCGAGAUGUAGGGAUCAGUAACGACUAUGAAAAGAAGACUGACUUCUCCAAUGCUCAAAUCGAUGAUUUUGUGCCAACUCCAUCAGGAGUUGGUCCUGUUGGACUUGCAAUCGAUGACUUCCUCCCCAAAGCUUCCAUGACCAUGAAAGGAGGUGUCGCGUACCCUGAAUUAAACGAGACCGAAACGUUUACAAACCUUGCCCAAGGCCACCAGUCUUUCCUUGCAGUGCUAAUCAGCAGGCAGCGAAACCUUCGAAUUGUCUACAAUGUUUGGCAGACUAAAGACGUUAAGGCGGCAGUGGACACGGCAAUGGGUCUUAAUGAUCAGUUCGUUCUCGUUGAUGUGUUGACCGUGUUGACUCAGCGCCCAGCAAUGUGGAAUCUUGAUCUUUGUGUGGCCGUACUCCCGUGUGUGUCUCAACUCAUCCAGUCCAAGUUUGAAUCGAGCAUCGUCGCAGGAUUGUCCGUGCUGAGAUUAAUUUUGAAGAAUUUUGGGAAUGUGAUCAAGGCCAACAUUGAUGGCCCCAUCCAAACCGUGGGCGUGGACAUUUCGCGGGAAGAGAGGUACAACAAGAGCAUGGAGUGCUACCGACAACUGGUCACCAUUCGAGCUUUCACAUUGAAACGUCAGACAGUCCCAGGAAAAAUCGGCCACACAUUCCGCGAGCUGCACAUCCUCCUCGGAACGCUGGAUUGAUGAUACGUCCCACACUACUAAAUUCAAAUUAGGAUCUAGUUAGAUGGACUACUUACAUAAUUCAAACUCAUUUUUAACGCUCCACCCAAAGGCAAAUCCAGUUAUCAAAGUUGGAUAUCAGGUGCUGCACCAACUACUUUGCAUGUUGAAACCAUACGCAUGUUACUAAACCCUCGACCAAGACCAAGUUUUUACUUGUAGCUAUUUUAUGAUAAGUCUGUCAAUGUUUAUUAAGUUGUGUGUAAUAAGCUAGGUCUUUGCACUCUGCAUAAAUCAGUCAAUGUUGUAUACAUAUGAAUGACGAUCAUAAUUUCUACAUUUUCGUCCCUCCACAUAUCUGUUCUGAAUUAUCAGAGGUUAAUUAACGGAAAUGUUGUAAUCUAAUUUUCCAACUGCGACACAGGCAGAGAGAAGAGUCAACGUAUUAAUUACUUAUCUUGGUGGCUAAUUAGUGCAAGAGGGCAGAAUGUUGUGGUUUCAUAAUAGUCAGACCAGUCAACCAAUUAUCCGUCCAACUUCGUAUCAUUAGCGAAGUAUGUAGAAACUAUAAAUGACAAAUAUAAUUCCAGUUACUGUUUGUGCAGUGAGGAAAGAUUUUGUGGAUAUAUUUUGAGCAAAAUUUUAACACCGUCGUAGUUUGCGGUAUGCGCAUUCUAUAAGUGCAGUCAGGAAGCAAUACAAUAUUUUGAAACUUUUUAAAUACAAAUUUACAAAAAAUACCAGGCAAGCACCCGAUUCUGUUGUAAAUCAGACUAAAAUAUUUUAAAUAACAGUUAACCAAUAACGUGAUCUUAACCAACUCGUGUCGAUGAUGUGACUCUAAUGAGUAAUCCUUAAUUAAGUAUAAACCUGCCACAACGUUGUAUAUAUUUUAUUUUAGUAGACUGAAUUGUGAGACAAAAAAAGAACACUAAUUUUAAUUAACACCGAACAAAUAAUGUCGUGGUACAAAUAUCCAUCAGUGCGCUGUAAAGUCAAUAAUUUUGUGUGCAUGUUUUAAAGCAUUAAUCACUGAAGGCAACCUUUUUUGUCUGCUGAUACCUAAACAUAAUUGACUUUGAGUUUCACUACUCCUAACUGAUCUCACUAAUGGUUCACUUCUACCUUGCUUUUAACAUGUAAGUUAUUAACUUUCACCUGAUCCCACCCCUUGGAAAAUAAAUGUGUAAUGUUCAUCGAAAUCUUAUGUUUAUUAAACACCUACGUAAGCAUGGUCUAAAUGCAACUUGCCCAUUUUAAUUUGUCAACUAUUUUAAUUACACGUACUGAUUAGUAUUAACCUGUAUUUAUUAUUGAAGACUUUGUCAGCUAACAAGCGGAGAGAGAUGAAGUUUUCAACGUGAUAAUUUGAGUACUAACUAAAAUUAUUAACACCACUUAUUUAGUCGGUCGACAAAUAUAAUAUGCCUGUUACUUACACAAAGUAAUGUUGAUCGCCUCUUGGAAUUACUAGAUGAAAAGAAUUUAUCAAACUAAUCAAUAAUACGAUGUUAGUGAUGAGACGUAUAAUCUAAAGUUUGUGAAUAAAGAGAUUUUUGUACUCAAA